GUCACAGGAAGCAGCUGGAGGGUGUGGAGCAGGGACGUGACUGGGAUUUAGGGUGAAAAAGUUUCCCCUUGAGGGGCGAGAGCAGGCAGACACAGGGGGCCUUGAGGCAGCCGCCCCAGCAGCGAGCUGAUGUCUGUGGUCGGCGACAUGGCGGUCAGGAGCCCAGGCGGAAGAUCGUCUGAACGCACGCUUCCUCCCAGACCUCGCCGGCUAGAAGCACAUUACGUGGCCACCCGCUGCCUUGUGGUCGAGGGGACUCCGCUGUGGUUCCUUAUGACACAGGCCAGGCUGCUGUAAUAAAGAGACCCCAAAUACAGUGCCCCAGAGAAGACAGCGCCGAUUCUUUUCUCCCAUGCUAGUCCAUAGGCGUUCUGGGACGGCCGGUGCCUGAGCCCCGUGGGGCCAUCAGGGCCCCUUUUAUCCUGAUCUUCCGGUGUCCUUGAGGUCAGGGGUCGGCAGUCUUUCUGUCAAGAGUCAGUGAGUAACUGUCUCCGGCUCUGUGGGCAGCCUUGCCGGCUGUCCAGACCCUCACAGCCACUCAGUAGGUCCAAGGCAGCCGUGGACAGUGUGUGACAUCUGCUAAUCCCAAACGUGACUGGGGCCGCAGUGUGCUGGGCCGGGCUACGGACUCACUGUCGGCAUCCAUUCAAAUUCAUAUGCUGGCACCCUGGUCCCCCGUGUGAUGGCACUGGGAGGUGGGGCCCUCUGGCAUGGGAUUAGUGCCCUUCUAAGAAGAGACGGAAGAGCUCGCUGCCCACCUCUCUCGCUGUCCUGUGAGGACACAGGAGGAGGCCGUCCGCACCCCGCAGGAGGCGCUCCCCCAAACCCAACAGUGCUGGCCCCCAGACCACAGACUCCCCGAGAAGGGACUGAGACAGGCUGAGUUGCUUAAAUAACAUGAGUUGAUUUCUCAGUUCUGCGGGCUGAAGGGCAGAAUUCCAGCACCGCUGGUUACCGGGGAGGGCCUCUGCCAGGCUCCGGGAGGCCUCCUUGCUGUGUGCUCCUGUUAGCAGAGACGGACAGAUUCCUGGUGUCCCUUCCUCUUGUAGGGUCACAGUCCUAUUAGGCCCAGCUUUUGUGACCUCCGUUAACCUCCAUUACCAGCUAAAAGCUCCAUCUCCAAAUACGGUCACACAGGGCUGUGAGAGGAGCCGCAGGACUGCAGUACAGAGGCUCGGAGCCCAGUGAGGGGCCAAGCUGGGACUUGACCCCGGGGGAUUCUAGGAAGCGGACACCGUUUCCUCACCACCCGAGUGCGUGCCACCCCUCACGCAGACGUCUUUGCCCCCUGGGACACGCAGGGCAGGUGCUGCCGUCCAGAGGCCCCAUGGAGGUGGCGGUGCCUGUGAAGCAGGAGGCUGAGGGCCUGGCGCUGGACUCCCCGUGGCACCGCUUCCGCCGCUUCCACCUGGGUGAUGCGCCGGGCCCUAGAGAGGCUCUGGGGCUGCUCCGCGCCCUGUGCCGGGACUGGCUGCGGCCCGAGGUGCACACCAAGGAGCAGAUGCUGGAGCUGCUGGUGCUGGAACAGUUCCUGAGCGCGCUGCCUGCCGACACGCAGGCCUGGGUGUGCAGCCGCCAGCCGCAGAGCGGGGAGGAGGCCGUGGCCCUGCUGGAGGAGCUCUGGGGGCCAGCAACAUCCCCCGAUGGGUCGUCAGCGACGAGGGUGCCUCAGGACGUGACGCAGGGCCCCAGGGCAGCAGGUGGAAAGGAGGACAAUGGGAUGAUUCCCUUAGCAGACACGGCCCCUGGGGCUGAGGGGCCAGCGGCUGGGGACUCCCAGGCUGUGCGCCCCUACAAGCAGGAGCCCAGCAGCCCCCCGCUGGCGCCUGGCCUGCCCGCCUUCCUGGCUGCCCCGGGCACCACGUCCUGCCCGGAGUGCGGCAAGACAUCCCUGAAGCCAGCGCACCUGCUGCGCCACCGGCAGAGCCACUCCGGCGAGAAGCCGCACGCCUGCCCCGAGUGCGGCAAGGCCUUCCGGCGCAAGGAGCACCUGCGGCGCCACCGCGACACGCACCCCGGCAGCCUCGGGCCCGCGCUGCGUCCGCUGCCAGCCCGCGAGAAGCCCCACGCGUGCUGCGAGUGCGGGAAGACCUUCUACUGGCGCGAGCACCUGGUGCGCCACCGCAAGACGCACUCGGGAGCGCGGCCCUUCGCCUGCUGGGAGUGCGGCAAGGGCUUCGGGCGCCGCGAGCACGUGCUGCGCCACCAGCGCAUUCACGGCCGGGCAGCAGCAGCAGCCAGCGCACAGGGAGCAGCAGCCCCGGGCCCCGACGGCGGGGGCCCCUUCCCGCCCUGGCCCCUGGGGUAGCCAAUGCCCGCGUGGUCCGAGCUGCUUCACCACCCCUGAUGCUGCCCCUAGGCCCUCCCUCCUCCUCCCAGCGCCACCGCUUGGCCUCUUCCCCUCCUCCUCCUUCCCGCUUUCCCACCCUCCUCCGCAGCUGCCUCCCUUACUUCCCAGUGCCUUCCUCUGUCUUCCAGCUCCUUUCCCCACAUUUCACUUUCCUGCUCAGGUCUCACCCUGGCGCCUCCUUUUCUGAUUUCUCGGCCUCUCUCGCUGUGAGAAGGGGCCUCUUUCUGAUGUCUGCUCCUUCUCUCCCCUCCUCUCUCUCCUGCUCCCAGCCUCCCUCUCCCUCCUCCAUUCCUCUCUCCCCGGCCUUUCCCUGCCUCAAGAGCAGAGGUGAGGGCCUGGGAUCCCUGAGGGGCGGGCCAGGAGCAGCUCAGGGGAGCGGUGGCAGGCAAGGCCCUCUUUAUGAAGCGGAGGCUGAGGGAAAGGGAUCUGGGUCUUCCCUGGGAAUCCUCCUUCCCCAGGACAGAUCCAGGGGUCGGGGAGGCAGCAGGUGUUGGCUCUGACAGGCUGGACCCGGGGCCUGGCUGUGGGCUCCUUGGUCUUGCUGCCCGCUGUGACCCAGAGGCAUGGGAUGGAUAGAAUGCCGGCCCCAGUGAAGCUGGGUGUGGACAGCAGGUCACCAGCAUCCAGAAAGUAAUCAAUUCACUGUGUAGACCGGGCGUCUGAGCUCUGCCCAGUGGAAGCAAGUCUCCAGCGUCCACCCAGAGGCAUGGGAUGAACAGAGAUGCCUGCCCCAGUGAAGCUGGGUGGGGACAACAGGUCACCAGCAUCCAGAAAGUAACCAACUCACUGUGUAGACCUGGAGUCUGAGCUCUGCCCAGUGGAAGCAAGUCUCCAGCUUCCAGAGAGUAAUAAAGUCACUGUGUAGACCUGGA